CGUGUGAUUAUACCGUCGAAGCGAUCGAUACACGUUCAGCAUGACCCCCACGUCGAGCACGGCGGCAUGUGGCAGCGGUCAGCCGCGCCUCAUCACCGGUAGCACACGCUGUCGGCUCACGCGUCGCGUGCAGGUACUACACUAUAAACGUUUUUCAAUAUCGCUUUGUCACUAAGUAAACAACCCUCGGUUAUUAUUGGGCGUGACGGCGCUGUCACACGGCAAUCGAUGUCCGUGAAUAAGGACGGCGGACGUACUCGCCGCGGGGCAGUCGUGACGAGCGUCGUGACCCGGCGGACGUGCACCUGUGUGAAUCCUUUGUGGCGCAUCAGCUCGACACUGACGUUAUAACGCCGAGUAGUGAUGGAGGAGGUCGGGGAGCCCACUCUGAUGCAGGCACUGCGCGCGCACCGCAGCGAGGUGACGUGUGUGGACGUGCGCGGCGCGUGGCUCGUCACCGGCAGUGGCGACCGCACGCUGCGGCUGUGGCGCUGGGCGGCCGGCGCCGGCUGGCAGGAGAGCACCGCCGCGGCCCGCGCGCACCGGUACGGCGUGACGGCGGCGCGGUGGGCGGCCGCCGGCGUGCUGCUCGCCUCCGCCGGCGUGGACGGCGACGUGCGCUUGUGGUGCGGCCGUUCGCUGACGGCGCGGCGCGUGCUGGCCGCGCCGGGUGCGACCGCGGUGCGCGCGUUGUGCUGGGCGGGCGGUGCGCGGCUGGCGGCGGGGCACGACGACGGCGCGGUGUGCGUGUGGUCGGCGGCGCGCGGGGCGCUGGUGGUGCGUCUGUGCGCGCAUGAAGGCGCCGUGCACGCGCUCGCGAUGCCGGCACGCAGCGCUCUGCUGCUCACCGCCUGCACGCAUGGCGUGCUCAAAGUGUUCGAUAUGGCAGAGGUGUGCCUGAGUGGUGGGUCCAACGAUUCGCCGGCGCCGACUCCUUUGCUGUGGAUUGAUGGGGCACACGACUUGGGUGCUUUGUGCGCAAACGCAAGCGACGAUGGCGCGGUCGCCGCCACCGGCGGGCACGACGGUGUCGUGCGCGUAUGGUGCGUGUCCGAGGAGGCGGGCGCGCGGCGCAUGCGCGCGGGGCCGACACUCGAGGGUCACGCGGCGGCCGUGACGGCGCUCUGCUGGGCCACAGGCACCUCGCGCGCUAUUCUCGCCUCUGCCUCACUGGACCGUACGGCGCGCCUGUGGGAGCCCGCCGCCGCCGGCGCGUGUCUGCGCGUACUCAGCGCGCAUACGCGUUAUCUUACAUGUGUGCUACUGGCGCCAGACCUCAGAUACAUGAUCACUGGGUCCAACGACAAAUCCGUGCGAACUUGGUCACUGGGUGAAUUUUCGCUGGAUGGUGAGCUGGAGCCGGCGUGUGCGGCGCUAGCGCAUUUUGCGCUCGGAGACCUUGAGCAGGGUAUCGGGCCGGUGAGCGAUGAAUCGACGGAGGAGGCGCCGAGCGAGGACCGCGGAGAGGGCGGAGAGGCGGUGGCGACGGUGUGCGCGCACGCCGGUGCCGUCAACUGCGUCGCAGUGCACGGGGACCUGCUCGCAACCGCCUCCAGCGACGGUCAGGUGAAGAUAUUUCGGUGGUGCGUGGUGGAGCGCACGGCGCGCGAGGAGCACGCGCUCGAGGGGCACCAGUACCCGGCGCUCGCGGUCGACUUCGGCGCCGGCGGGCGCGUGCUGGUCUCCGCGGGGCUCGACGGCACCGCCUGCCUCUGGGACGUGCAGACGGGCGUGCUGUUGAGGUCGCUGUGCGUGCCGAGCGGCGCGGCGGGCGCGGGCGGCGAGGUGGGCGGCGGGGGCGUGCGCGGCGCGCGCCUGUCGCCGCACCACGCGCCGCUCGUGCUGCUCGCCACCGACGACGGCCUGGCACCGAUGUGGGGCCUCACCAGCACCAGCGCCGUGCCCGACCACGUGUUUGCGGGACACACGGAGGCGGUGACGUGCUGCGCGUGGUCGCCUGAUGGGCACGCGUUGGCGACGGGGGCGGCAAGCGGCGAGCUGCGCGUGCACGCGACGCCACCCGCUUCCGCACUGCACCACGAGCCGCUCGCACACGACCUUGGCGUCCAGAGCUGCGACUUCGCACCGAUAUGCAGCGACCACGACCUCCCUGACAGCACAUAUUUACUCGCUACCGGUGGUUGUGAUUCACUCAUUAAGCUGUGGAUAAUAGAGCUCGCUGAGGCAGGAAAUAACGUAUCGGUGCGCACAGUACGUCAGUGGGAGGCGCACGGAGGCGAUGUGACUAGCGUUCGGUGGGGCACGAGGGCGUGCAGCGCGCUGCUCGCGAGCGCGGGCUCAGACCGAUGGGCGCGCGUGUGGCGCGUGGCAGACGCGGGCGGGGUCGUCGAGCCGCAUGCGGCCGUGCACACUGACGGUGCGCUUGUCGUGGCGCUGCUGCCCGCACCUGACAGCGAGUGUGACGACGCGCCGGUGGAGCGCGGGCCGCUGCUGACGGUGGGCACGCUCGGCGGGGAGCUGGUGGUGUGGCGGGUGUCCGCCGUUGAGCGGACCGACUGUGAGAAGGACGAGGGCGCUACGCCGCGUUGGUGGGGCGCGCCCGGUGUAGCUCACUGGUUGCGGGAGUACGUCACGCGCCCGCCCGGGUCAACGAUGUCGCGUGACGCAGAGGCGGAGCUAUUACAGCGCGCGCGAGACCAGUGCAUCACCGGCGCUGCACUACUCGACGAGCCACUCGAGCGACUACUCGCUGACCUAGGAUAUGGUGCAGAGUGCGAGAUAGCAGAGGAUGGCACGCAGCGAAGUAAGGAGGAACUGGAGCGCAGCGAAACUCGCGCACGCCUGCGCAGCGAACUGCAGUGGAUGCGCCGCGCACCACCGCUGCCGCACCUGGUGAGUGAGGCGCUCGUGGAUAGCGCGCGAGCCCGCCGUGACGCGUAUUAUUAUGUUGCAGGUCCACGACGCGCCGCACGCGCUUCUGUGCCCGCUGACGCACGCGCUGCUGCACGAGCCGGCACGCGCCGCCGACGGGUUCACAUACGAACGCGCUGCCAUACACGAGUGGUUCCUAGCUGCGGGCGAGGCGGUGUCGCCAGUGUCAGGGCGGCGGCUGCACUCGACGCGCGUGCAGCCCAACUACGCGCUACGCGACCGCUUGCGCGCCUUCCUCGACCACCUCGAGGCAUCCCCGUGAAGCACGAUUUCACUAUUGAAGACGCGAAGUGGUUAGCGCGUCGUCGCUUGUCGGUGGACACAUGAUCAUACGCUGUCGGCGGGUAUAUUAUGUCAUAAUAUUUUGUCUUUGUGAUAGCGAUGUGAGGUGUGGAGAGCGAGUGGGUUUUAAUAAAUUUUAAUUAUGGUCAUCCAA